CUAAAUAUAAAGUAUGGAAGUUAGAAGAUUUUGUUCCAGCAGUAGUGAAAGUAGUGAAGACCACCCGAGCCAUGUCCAACCUUCUCAAACUCUCUCUAAAAGGAAGAGAAACCCAAGGGAAUCCAUGCUCGGCAUGGGAACUGAAUUGGAAGAAGAAAAGAGGCUUCAUCUUUUUAACAAGAAGGCACAAAAAGGCGAAGAAGAAACCAAGAAUCUUUCAACUAUUUUGAGAGCUAAAAAGAAAUCCAGGCAAGAAAAGACAAAAGAGAGCACUCUUCAGAAAACUAUUCGCUCAAGCUCAUCUGAAUCUGCCUUAAGCCAAGACUUAAAGUCAGACCUUCUUAAAUGCAGUGUUUGAUAUGUAGAUGACUAUCAGAAAGCCUCCCUUUGAAGAUUUUGUGGCAACAGUGCUUGUAGUAAAUGCUGGAGCAAUAUUCUCAGUUGAGACUCUAAAUGCCCAUUUUGCAGGAUUCCCCUUGGUCAAUUUGAUCUCGUAAAAGACCUAAAGAUAGACCAGAUCAGACAAAAGAAAAGCAAACACAACGGCUCUGUUGUGAAGAAUCUGAAUAAAGAAUGCUACGACCAUGAAGAUGAGGGAAAACUCUUCUGUGUAAGUUGUUCCCGUUUCUUAUGCCUUGAAUGCAUUACUAGCGGAACGCAUACAAAACAUAAAAUUUGUGACAUUCAUGAAUAUCCAAAGCUCAAAAAGAAGGUUGAAGACAUCCAAACCUUUUGCAAGAAACUCCGAGAAGGUACUAAGAACUUUGAAAAAGUAGUCUCGAAGCAUGAAGAGUUCUUUGAUACUAAUCCUGAAGACCUGAAGCAAGCUAUUAAGGACAUAAAGGACAAAGUAAUGGCAAGACUUACACAAAAUGGAGAUGCUUUAAUUACGAAGCUUACUCUUGGACACUCUCUCAAUGCUGCAGCCAAGGAUCAGUGUGGCAAAUUAAAGCUAAUUCAACGCAAAAUUGCUAAGCGUAGUUUGAAAACUAUUGAAGUAGAACAUCUUAGACAGGUUUUCAACAAGCAAAGCAAAGUCUACCAGGCUCCAAGAAUUUCAGAGUUUGUUAAAGAUAAGAUGUUGACAAAGAAUGACAUGAAGGAACUGUUCGCUCUGAACAUUGAUUACACAAACAAGGCAAAGUUCUCAGAGAUUAUCGUGUCUGAAUUUAAGCAAGGAGUUGGUGAACUCCUUUCAUAAAUUAAAAGUAAGUUAAUUUUUGAAGUAGGACCAAAUGCUUUUGAAU